AUGUCAUUUACACGUUAUAUAAAGAAAAAACUUAGUAUUACAAAAUGUUGUCUUCCUAAUGUUUUGCCAACAGCACAUUUACCUAAUACAAAACGGUUUAAAAGAUCUUUUCGUCAUCAUAGACUCUACAAACCUGAACAACUUCCACCAAAAGUCGAUCUACGACCCAAUAUGACUCCAAUUGAUAAUCAAUUAAAUAUUGGUAGCAGUGUUGCCAACUGUCUUGCUGGAGCUUAUGAAUAUUUAACAAAAAAAUCUAACGGUUGCAAUACUAAUAUUAGUCGUUUGUUUAUCUAUUACAAUGCACGAGUCAUAGGAAAUUACUCAUCGACGAUUUCUGAUACUGGCUGUUCAAUGACGUGUGCUAUUGAAGCAUUAGAAGAGUUUGGUACAUGUCUUGAAAGUGUCUGGCCCUAUGAUAUUUCACGUGUGGAUAUACAACCAGAUGAUGAAGCAUAUGAACAGGCUGAAAAUCAUAAAAUAAAUGAAGCACUUCACGUUAAUAUUGAUUUAAAUGAAAUGAAAUCAUGUCUUGCACAAGGUUUUCCAUUUGCAUUUGGUUUAAAACUGUAUAAUUCAUUUGAUAAUGCAGCUAAAAAUGGUAUCGUAUCAAUACCAAAUAAAUUAGAACAAAAUCAAAAAUCAGAUAGAAGUCAUGCACUAUUAGCUGUUGGAUAUAGUGACCGAUCCAAUGCAUUUAUUGUUCGAAAUUCAUGGGGAGAAGAUUGGGGUGAUAAAGGAUAUUGUUAUAUUCCAUAUGAUUAUUUAACUAAUACUGAUUAUGCUUUUGAUGUAUGGACUAUUCGAAAAGUAUUGAAUGAUGAUUUUGAUCGAGAAUAUUGGCAUUUUGAUGAUAUUGUUAAUUAUUUAAAUGCUGAUUGUAUUGACAAUACUGAUGAAGAAUAUUUAAAUGAUAAUGAUCGUCAAAUAGAUUGGGAAGCUUAUUAUAAUCGUCAAAAUAUUACUAAUGUUCUUUGGAAUGAAUAUCGAGAUUAUCGGGAUGAUUCUUCACGAUACACUGACGACUAUUUUAAUGAUCGAUAUCGAAGAGAUCGAUAUGAUUUAGAAAAUGAUCCAUAUGAACAACAUUGUAGAGGAUAUAUCAAUAAUGGCUUUACCUUGAAUAAAAGUUUUCCAUCGCCACUUUUUGAUCGAUACGAAGACGAAGAUAAUUAUUUUACAAUGCCAUUAAAAACUUAUCUGGUAAAUAAAAUUCAAGAUCAAAAGUUUCGCUUGAAUGGUAUUUAUCGAUCACAACGUUUACCAAGAAAAAAUAAUCUAUGUCAAGCUUUUCGUGAACAUGUACUUUACUCACCAGAAGAACUUCCACCAAAAGUAGACCUUCGACCCGACAUGACGCCAGUUGAAGACCAAUCACAAAUUGGAAGCUGUACAGCUAAUAGUCUUGCUGGAGCUUAUGAAUAUUUAAACAAGAAAGCUCAUGGUACUAAUGUUGAUGUUAGUCGUUUAUUUAUUUACUACAACUCACGAGUCAAAGCAGGUUACUCAUCAACGAUUUCCGAUACUGGUUGUUCUAUGACUGAUACUAUUGAAGCAUUAGAAGAAUUUGGUACAUGUCUUGAAUCUCUUUGGCCUUAUGAUAGCUCACGUGUUAAUACAAAACCAAAUGACAAUGCAUACCAGCAAGCUUCAAGUCAUAAAAUAAGUCAAGCACUUCAAGUUAAUAUUGACUUGAAUGAAAUGAAAUCAUGUCUUGCACAAGGCUUUCCAUUUGCAUUUGGUUUAAGUUUAUAUACAUCAUUUGAUAAGGCAGCUAAGACUGGUGUUGUACCGAUGCCAGAUUCAUCAGAUGCAAGUCGAGACUCAGAUGGAAAUCAUGCAUUAUUGGCUGUUGGGUAUAGUGACGAAUCACAAGCAUUUAUUGUUCGAAAUUCAUGGGGAGCAGAUUGGGGUGAUCAAGGAUAUUGUUAUAUCCCAUAUGAUUAUUUAACUAAUACUGAUUAUGCUUUUGAUGCAUGGACUGUUCGAAAAAUAGCGAAUGAUGAUUUUGGUAAACAAAAUUGGCACUUCCGUGAUGUUAUUAAUUAUCUUCAUCAGAAUCCUAAUCGUUUUUCUGAUGAUAACAAUGAUAAUGACGAUGAUGAUAAUCAUGCUGUUGUAGCAGUCGAUGAAAAUGAUGAUGAUAAUGGUGAUGUAAGUUAUAAUACUAAUGACAAUACUUCGUGGACUGAUAACAACAAUUACGAACAAAAUACAAAUGACUAUUCAACCACUGACGACUAUUCAUACAAUAAUCAAAAUGAAUAUAAUCAAGACAACCAAUUCGAUGAUACUGGUUUUAAUUCUGAUACAGAUUUUUCAUAUCCGGAUGAACAAAGAAAUUAUCGUGGUUAUUCGGAUUUCAAUUAA